AUGUCCCGACGUGCCCUCCGGGGCCCAAAUCCAUCCUCUCCCUCGACCAGCAGCCGCGAGACCUCUGACCAGGAAGAGGAACAGAGGUCCUUCCUCUCGUCCUCGACCUCGUCCUACUCGACCCCGGUUGCCAAGCGGAAACACCGACAGCAACAUCCCACACGGAUCAACAAUGCCGUCGUCGACGGUUAUGAGGACGAGGACGACAAUGGUCACCAUAUGAAGGCCCUCGACUCGACAUUAUUGCCGCACAGGAGCAACAGCCCCAAGAACAACGACAAUGGCUCUCUACCAGACUACUCUCAUCAUCCAAAAGGAUCAUUGGACGACGAGAUAUCGGUCGCAACACUCACAGCUGCAGCCGUUGAACCGCUGAGCAUUGUACUAACAGCGCCCGUCCUCAUGGGCGAGUCUGAUCCUUCUUCACAACGGCACUCGCAUGAGCGGCAACGACAGCAGGUAGCGGCCCAACAGCAUCCGUCGUCUUCAUCGUCGUCGUCGUCAUCUGCUGAACGGGGCUACUCAAAGUGGAGCACCAUUGGCCAUCAAGCCUCGUUCCUAGCCACUGGAAUCUUUUCGACCAUUGCAGUUCAAUGGCUUUACUAUCAGGGAGCAGCUUCCGGAACAACAAUGUUAACCGUAUUCUUCAACUAUAUCGGGAUGAUGAGUGUCGGGCUGGUCUAUGCGCUGCAGUCAUGGUGGGCGGACAGGAAACAGCGUCGAUUGGCCACAGCAGCGGGAUGCAACGCCCAUGUCGAGUACGAUGUCUUGACCACGGACUUUCAUGAGAUGACAGAGACCCAUCCUCGUGAUGUUGAGGAUCAGGGCAUCAAAAGUCAUGUCGGGCUCCUCGUCAACAAAACCGGAAGCACCAGCAACAACAACAGCAACAACAACAACAACAACAAUAACAAUGGCAGUAAAUCAAACCAUGACUCUGUAAGCAAUAACAUUGGCCAUUGCCACGAGGAUGAGAACGAAGAUGAAGAUGACGAUGACGACUACGAUAACCUUGACAUGGAGAAACAGCGGCUCCGAAAGAUCCAUACAGGUGAUCAUUCGAUGGACGUUUCAGACUCCUCGUCAAAGACAGCGGAAAAAAAGUCGAAACUGGGACUCCAUUGGCCCGUUAUCCAAGUCGCGGUCAUGGAUGUGAUUGCGAACGCUCUGGUCACUAUCGGAUUCUUCUAUGUUGGCAGUGGAAUGUACCAAGUGAUCUACAGCUCUAUUGUGAUCUGGUGUGCGAUCCUGACACGGAUCUUCCUCGCCCGGGAACUUAAUAAUAUUCAAUGGUUGUCGAUCGUUGGUGUCACUUUUGGCCUGGCCAUCAGUGCCGUCGGCACCGUCCAGGAUGCAUCGCCUGACGGCCCUGUUCAAAGCUGGCUCGAGAAGUCCUUCGGGGCGCUGGUGACAUUGGGUGCGACAUUUCUCUACGCGUGCGUCUACGUCCUCUCCGACAAAGUCCUCUCGACCUUCCGACCGAAGCCCAUCCCCGAGAAGGUCUGCUCCAUGGUUGGAGGUUACGCCUCGCUUUUGACUUUUGUCUAUCUCUGCAUCCACACCAUCCCGAACUGGCAGACAGAGGUCAUCGAGGUUGUUCAGGAGCAUCAAGGCAGCUGGCUCGGCAUCGCGCUCGUCUAUCCCCUUGUAACGAUCUCCUCGAUGCUGCAUUCGCUCAACUAUUACGUGCUCCUCUCGAGGAUUAACAAUAUCGCGGUCGGCAUCAUGCAGUCCCUGCGUGCCGUCCUGGUCUUUGUCAUGAGCCAUUAUUUGUUCUGCGGAGUCUCGUCCGCCCAGUGCUUCAACGAAUGGAAGUUCAUCUCCGCGAUUGUUGUUAUUGGAUGCGUGACCCUCUUCAGCUUCAACAGCAACCCUGCUGCCCCAGGAACAGAUGAUACUACCACCACCGUUGCAGGUUCAGCAUCUGUAAAGACAUCGACACCGACUUCUAGAGUCACUUCCCCGAUACCCCGCCUGUCAUCCACACGGCAAAGAAAUGCACAUUAA